GGUUGCUGUUUGUUAUUGUUAUCGUUUGUUUGUUGUUGUUUAUUUCUUGCAGUUAUUAUUUGUUAUUGUUGUCGUUUGUUGUUGUUGUUGUUGUUUAUUUUUUACGGUUAUUAUUUGUUAUUGUUGCCGUUUGUUGUUGUUGUUGUUGUUUAUUUUUUACGGUUAUUAUUUGCUAUUGUUGUCGUUUGUUUGUUGUUAGCUGUUGUUUGCUGUUGUUUGUUGUUGUUCUUUGUUGUUGCCGUUUGUUGUUUGUAUUUGCUAUUUUUGUUUGUUUAUUUGUUUUUUUACUGUUAUUGUUGUUAUCAUCUAUUGUUUAUUUUUUUGCAGUUAUCAUUUGUUGUUGUUGUUGUUUCUUGUUAUUUGUUGCUGUUUACUUGUUGUUUGUAGUUGUUUGUUGUUGCCGUUUGUUGUUAUCGUUUGUACUGUUGUUGUUAUCGUUAUUUGUUGUUGUCGUUAUUGUUAUUUGUUAUUGCCAUUUGUUGUUAUCGUUUGUAGUUUUUGCUUGUUGUUUUUGCUGUUGUUAUUGUCGUUGUUGUUGUCAUUGUUUUUGCUGUUGUUGUUGUUCAUUUUGUUGUUUGUUAUUUUUCUUAUUAAUAAAAUAAUUCUUCUGACUUCCUUUUUUUUUCUUUUUUCUUUGCAUUUUUAUCAAUUUUUCCUCUUUUUUUUUUCUUUAAAAUCGUCUCUAUUUU